AUGCCCGAUGCAAAGCGCAUCAAAGUCUUCCAUGACUCGGACGACGAAGAGCAGGCUGUCCGUGCUCAGCCGCUGACAGAGUUCUCUGCAGAGACACUCGCACGCAAGGAAACAGCGCCCCUGGUUGUACCUAGGCUUGAAAACACCUUCCGAGGUGCGCGGCAAGCCUAUGUCCCAAGUGCCUUGAUACACGCUACGACACGCACCGAUGGCAGGAGCAUUGAAGAACUUGAGCUCGAAGAACGCACGCGGAACCGCGCGUAUGGUCUGUCUGCUACAAACCAUUCUGGCAGCAGGACUGCAGAGCGAGAUCAAACUGCUAGCAACGCUCCUCUUGCCACAGCUCGUCAAGAAGCAUCCACCAUACACCGACAGGCUGCAGCCGAGAGCCACCCAGAUAUGUCGAGUCUUGCAGACUACGAAAGUGUCCCUGUAGAAAGCUUUGGCUUGGCAAUGCUACGAGGCUUGGGCUAUGACCCAGACAAGGACAAAAAGGCAGAGAGCAAGCCACAGGAACGGCGGCCAGACUUCCUCGGGCUGGGUGCUACACAACGGCCUGAAGAGACCAAGACUGCGGCAGACUUGGCGAAGAAGAGGCAUGAGGUGCGUAAGGAGGAGCGAACCUAUGUUCCUGUCGUCAAGGUCAACAAGAGGACAGGCGAGCGAGUACUUGAAGGAGCAGAGGUCUUCGCAUCAACGAGUACAUCUCCCUUGCCAGUGCCAGCGCCAGCGCCAGCAAGACAAGAUGAACUCAGCAGGCUUCCUCAAAAGAAACACGACAGCAGACCGGAGUCACGCUCAAGAAGUCUGCGUCGACACAGAUCAAGGAGUCCUGACGGCCGCCACAGAAGCAAGCGUGAACGGGACAGAGACAGAGACAGGGAAGAUGACAGACGGUCUCGUCAUCAUUCAAACAGACAUCGUCAUGGUAGCAGCCGUAGAAGCUGA